AUGGCUUCCCCCCUAAGGCCUCCAGUUCCUGUCAUAGACCUCACAGGCGACGACGAUACGUCAUCUUCUUCGUCGGUGCCCGCACCCUCGUGGCCGGCCGCACACCAUGGUGGCCAUACUGCCGAAGUCGCGGGACGUCCCGCGAAGCGCCCGCGACUAGAAGAACACCAUGAGGUCGCUCACGAUACCAAGGCGUUGCUAAAUCGAUGCCUGCACGAACAGAUCUUUCCACAAGUGAACACCGCGGUAUCGAAUUUACCGAAAGAACAGGUGAAUACGACGCUCCUUACGAAGGACGUCCUAAGUAUCCUGCUGCAAGGCCAAUUCUUCAGCGAGUUUAGACAGGGCAACGGCUACAUCUCACCGGAUUUCCAGGCCCAAUUAGCAGCACAAGCUCAGGCUGAGGUCAACCGCCUCCGUCGGGAACCGAAAUACUCGAUCCAAGCACCUAUCGCAUACGGUACACCAGCUCCUGCCAUCUCCGCCCUUCCUUCCACUCAAGUCGCGCCUGCCAUCUCUGCCAACCAAUCAGCAAUUGCUCAACCAUCGCGUACGGGUGCUCCUUCCGAGCUGUCAUCUCUUCGAUAUCAACCCGCCUCGCGCCUUCCUAAUUUUUCGGCAUAUAAAUAUUCCCCUCCCGCGUCUGCUCAACUCCAUGCCCAGGUCGAGCCUCAUGGCUUCCGACCUGCUUUAGCCGACCCUUUUGAAUACAUCAACCUCGAAUCUGAUCAUGCUGAGGUAGAUGGAUCGGUAUCAGACGCCAAUACUGAGCAGUGGGAGCCCGAGGACGAUGGCGCAUCCGACGAGGACAUAGUCCGCGCGGCCGAUAUCGACCUUCCCUCUGAGACUAAGAGUCAAGAAGAGUUCUCCUCGCCCGCUGCUCUAGCGACGACGCCCUUGCGACCGCGCAAGAUAAAAAAGUUCCACCACACCUCACCACAGAACUUCAGGGCGCGGGCACGCGACCUUGCUCUACAGGCGGAGGAGCAUGCACAAGCUACGACUCAGCAGAGACCUCUUGUUUGCAGUAGCCGAUACUUUUCGCUCGAGAGACGACCGUAUCGAACCUCUCCGGAACGAAAACAGAUUUCACGUGGCAGCAAAAAGCUCUUCAAGAUUUCCUCGACUAGCCUGCGGGAGCCUGGCGUUGUUCACGUGGACUUUUCCGAACAAGAGGCCGAACAUGUGCUAGGAACUGCCAAGAGGGUGCUGGCCCUUGGCCAGGUCGAUGCCCAAGCACUUUCAGAGGGCCUCAAGAAACUACAUCGGGAGAACAAGCACAAGGAGGCAGAAAUCCUCAGCUCGUUGGAUCGUCAAAUGCUCAAGGGUCGGACUGACGAGGACAUCAGAAAUUUCUUGCGUGACGUACGCAGAAAAGGCGUCGCAAGACGCGCCCAAUUACUGACGCUCGAGCGCGAUGACCUGGACAAGCACGCCCAGGCGGUCAGGACAAGCCGCCUAUCGUCUUUGCUAUUGGCUCGGGAAACAGCCGGGCACAAUGGCUUUGGUCCCAUGCGAGGUUUCGUGAACUUCAGAAACGAAUUUCGUAAAUGCCGAGAAGAUGAGCUUGAGCUGCGGACGAAGUGGGUUGACUGUGCUGGCGAUAUCACCACCAUUGCUUGGACAUCGAACCAAUCUUUUAUCUGCGGGACGACCACUCAUUCUGAUUCUCGAAAUCAGCAGUACAACAAGCCAGGCAACCUCCUCCUCGGCUCGACAUUGCACAGCACUCUGCAAGCGUACCCAGACCAUCGUGUUGUGCGACCCGUCAUAGACCAAGGCGAAAAUUCGACAGAGGCAAUGAGGCAAAGCCAGGAUCCUUGGCUUUACUCAUCAGUCGUCAGCUCCGACUUCGAUCAAGCGCACGAUAGGGUUUACACUUCCAGCUUUGACAAAACAGUCAAGAUAUGGAGGACGGAGACUAGUGAGUCUGCCUCCUCCAUGAAGUGCUUGGGCACAUGGAAACAUGAGGGCAACGUCAAUUUUGUGGUUGCCUCCAAGCACUCUUCCGGCAUGGUAGCGACGGCGGCCGACGUAGCCAAAGAAGCUGUGCGUAUAUACACAAUCAACGAAGUCGACAUAGAGAACAGUGGAUAUCACAGCUUCUCUUGCUCCCGAAUCGUCGAUCUCGAAGGCAAUCCCAUAUUCACGGAGGAGAAAUGGGCCUACUUCCCAGCCACCAUCCAAUGGGGCCGCGCGCCUGAUGUACAACAUCUGCUGCUUGUGGGCUACUCUCCACGCAGCAUGAUUGCGUAUGAAGAUAACAUCCCUGAAGAUAGGAGAAACUCAGGGGAAGUAUGUCUUUGGGAUGGCCGGAAUGGAGAUCGAUGGAGAAUUCUAGGCGGAACGUCCCAGAACGUCUUUGAAGUCGCUUGGCAUCCCAGCCAGUCGAGUUUCAUCGUGGCGAGUUCCCCGGUUGGGCUGAACGUCGAGGAUCACGUUCAUACCCAAAUCCGUAUCUUUCGCCCCUCCGAUAACAAGGAGUAUGGUGAAAAGGCCUUUUCCGAAGUCCAGGUUCUCGACUGUCCUGCGGCCGAUAUCAAUGAGCUCGCAAUCAUGCCCAACAGCUUCACCUUCUCCUACGUCACGGCAGGCUGCACCGACGGCAAGGUCUACGUUUGGGACACGGCGCGUGGGCAACGGCCUAUCCACGUUCUCUCGCACGGUCCACUGAUCGAAGAAUUCACUGGCGACAGAGAGAAGGAGGACACAGGGGUCAAGUUCACGGCAUGGGGUACUUCUCCCGAUCGUUUCUACACGGGAUCCUCCGACGGAAUUGUCAAAGUGUGGAAUGUCCGAUCUCUCAAGAAGCCCUUGGUCAGAGACCUGCUCGAGUGCCCCGCCCCAGUCUCCUUCGGCGCCUUCUCCCCAGACUUGUCCAAGCUGGUAGUGGGCGACGCUAGCGGUCGGGUUUGGUUCCUGUCCAUCGACGCGGACGAGGAACCCCUUAGCGAGGCGGCUCCUCAGUUCGCGAAGGUCAGACUGCCAGAUGGCAGUUUCAAGACGAUGCUGCGGCCGAACCCGUUCAAGCCCCAUCCAGAGCCGCCGGCGCCGACGCACGAUGCUCAAGGUCGCCCACUCGAACCCGAGACAGGCAUAGCGAGGGCGAGAGCGUACCUGCAGAGGGGAGAGCUUAAAGUUCACAGGGACCCCACCGUGGGUGCGGUCCAAGGGGGGAUGUAUGCGCAACUAGGCCUGUACCGCCGGGAAGCCCACUUUCAAGGCGAUCCCGAGGGACCCCUUAACGCGGGCGUCGACAAGGACCAGCUGGAGAAUAUCAAGAUGUACGCAAGCCGCACGAGGCACAGCGCGCUGGGAUCUAUUAGGGAUAUCCCGAUCGCUGAGGCGCUGCACCGCCGCAACCUGGAGAUCGAAGCUGGAAUGGAGAGCCUGUCCAUUGACUCGCCGCCCGAGCCUGAAAGCGAGCCUACCGUGUUGGAAGCAGAAGAUCCGGAAUGGGAGAAGAGGGCAGCGGAUUACGACCGUGAGCCCUUUAUUUACGAGGGAUCACAAGAGGAGCAGGUCCUGAGCCUGGAACCAGAUACCCUGGGGUGUUAUGACGAUUAUGACUUUACUUGCUUGCUUAAGGAGCUCUAG